CCUUCUCUGCAAACACAAAACGUAAAAGUCACGCAGGAAAAGUUCACGAACCGCUAGUUCUUCCUUCCCCACCCGACCCAGAUACUGACCAGUAUGCCCAGCCACGGAGCCCCACGUGCGCAGGACGCGCAGGCGGGGCCAGCGGCUCAACAACCGCAUGGAGACGCCCUUCAGGGCCAUGAAAUCAGGGAGGGGCGAGCGAUGCAACGACGGCCACCUGGAGGAGCGGGGACGUCGGGCCGAAUGGCUCCCCACCUGUGGAGUCGGCUCCCUAGCGUACCGCGUUCCUGGGACCUCCAGCUCACCCGAGAGGCAGCAAAGCAACUGACCAAAGCGUUUGACCUCAGCCGCAGGGGCUGCAGCCAAUCAGCUGAGGGCAGAGAGGAGCCCUCCAAGGGGCCCAGAGAGCCUCAGAGCCCACGAGGCAGCCAAGGGAGAGGAGGCCUGAGGUGCAGGGUGAGCACCAGCCAGCCAUGGCCACAGCUGAGACUGCCUUGCCCUCCAUCAGCACGCUGACCACCCUGGGCCCCUUCCCGGACACGCAGGAGGACUUUCUCAAGUGGUGGCGUUCCGAGGAGGCACAGGACAUGGGUCCGGGUCCCCCUGAACCCACCGGGCUGCCCCUUCACGUGAGCCUAGAGUCGGAAGACCAGCCUAGGGAGAAUGAAGACAUUGAGAAGGACGUGGCCGCCGACUGGGACCUGCAUCUUUUUCUUACCAACUUUCCAGUCCCGGAGCCAGGGGUUGAGCCCCGAACCUGUGCUCCGAUGUCCAAUGCGGGCCCUGGGCCGCAAUUCCCACAGCCGCCUGAGACUCUGGGCCCCUAUACCGGUGGCCCGGAGUUUUCGGCUGGGCUCUUGGGUUCCGAGGAGCAGGCAGGGUGGGUGCGCCCUGCCCCAGGGUCGACUGCCACCAACCCCUUCAUGGCAUCUGCCAUAGCCCUGGCCCCGGCCCCCGAGCCCAAGGCACUGCCGCUGCAGCCAGUAUACCCAGGGUCAGGUGCGGGCUCUUCGGGUAGCUACUUCCCGCGGACCGGGUUUUCCGUGCCCGCGGCUCCGGGCGCCCCCUACGGGCUGCUUUCGGGGUAUCCCGCGCUGUACCCAGCGUCGCAGUACCAAGGGCACUUCCAGUUCUUCCGUGGGCUCCGGGCGCCUUCGCCUGGUCCCGCCGCGACCCCAUCCUAUCUGAAUUGUGUGGGACCUGGGACAGUGGGCACAGGACGCAGGGGGCCCGCAGGAGACCCAUGCGUAACUACAGAUGUCACUCCACCGAAGCGCAGUCGGCCCUUGUGCGCGCGCAAGAGACAGGCCGUGCACACGUGCGCGCACCCGGGGUGCGGCAAGAGCUACACCAAGAGCUCCCACCUGAAGGCGCACCAGCGUACGCACACGGGGGAGAAGCCAUAUGCCUGCUCGUGGGAUGGCUGCGGCUGGAGGUUUGCACGCUCUGACGAGCUGACCCGCCACUACCGGAAACACACAGGACAGCGUCCCUUCCGCUGCCAGUUAUGCCCGAGUGCUUUUUCGCGCUCGGACCACCUGGCCUUACACAUGAAGCGCCACCUUUAAGCCCUGCCCUGGUACUUGGAUCCUGCCAGGAAGUGAGGAAUAGAACAAAAGUGGAUCCAUGCAAGGUUGUUUUCCCAAGGACAGGACCCUUGUUUGAACUCAAGACCCCACAAAUCCUCGGAAAGAUCGAGAACUGACACAGGCAAACCUAGGGGAGUCUCCAAACACAGGGAGCCACACAGAAAUAUCUAAUCGUCACACAGACCCAGCACGACAGACCAUCAAAUAAAUGGACUCAAGUGGACCCUCAGACCAGCUUGCAGGAAGCCCUGGAUUGCGGGAGGUGGGGUGAUGUGAGGUUUCCCAGAGACCCAGGGUCUGCAAGGGGGCUUCCACUGUUUCUCCUGAAGUUCCGCAUCCAUUGUGAAUGGUUAUGGGUCCUAUAAAA